AAGGAAGAGAGUAGAAAAGUGAUCAUCCAUGCGAGCUCACUAAAAUAUGUGAGCUCACCAAGAUUACAAGCUCAUCAAAUGUGCAAAUUCAUCAAGAUUAGCGAAUCCUCUGAGUAUGGCGAGCUAUUCCAAAUAAACACAUGCUAUCACAAAGUGACGAGCUCCUUAAUUUGAAAGUGUGAAACAAUCGGAAUUUAAGAGCUUAUGUGGAAGUUUUGUUUAAUAUAUAUUCUUAUUAGUAUUUAUUAGUAUAAUAUAUUUAAUAUUUAAUAGCAAAAAAUCUUAGUCGGCGUGAAAAGAGUGAAUUCAAUAAAAGCUUUUAACAGAGGAGUUUGUACCUCUUCUCCGCAGGUUUCCUUUCUUGUCGUUGUAGUCUCAACAAACCCCUUCCAAAACCCUCGUAACAUUUUCGUGAACCGUCUAAUCACUUCGCUGCCUCCACUAAUGGCGACCCAAGCCCUCUCUCGCGCUCUCCUCUCGAAACCCAAAGCCGUAUCUUCCUUCCUCUUCCCCUCCUCCCGCUCUUUCUCUUCCUUUUCCUCCUCCUCCUCCGCCGCUUCCUCCACCAAAACUCUUAUCACCCCAUCGCCAACCCCUUCUCUCUCCUUACUCCGUCGCCUUCGUGCCCCGCCUUGCUACUCACUCCUUCGUGACUCACUUUCCCCAGCUGUUAAAUCGUUCUCCACUCGAGCAGCCAGGUCCUCCCUCAAUGACCCCAAUCCUAACUACUCGAACCGGCCCCCAAAAGAGACCAUCUUGCUCGACGGAUGUGAUUUUGAGCAUUGGCUUGUUGUGGUGGAGCCGCCUAAAGAGGAUGCUACUAGGGAUGAUAUUAUUGAUAGUUAUAUCAAAACCCUAGCUCAAGUAGUGGGCAGUGAGGACGAAGCAAGAAUGAAGAUAUACUCAGUUUCAACCAGACAUUACUAUGCAUUUGGUGCUUUGGUGUCUGAAGAGGUCUCAUAUAAGCUCAAAGAACUUCCUGGAGUUCGGUGGGUUCUUCCAGAUUCCUAUCUAGAUGUCAAGAACAAGGAUUAUGGAGGGGAACCUUUCAUUAAUGGGCAAGCUGUGCCUUAUGACCCAAAAUACCAUGAGGAAUGGGUGAGAAAUAAUGCUAGAGCAAAUGAGAGAAAUAGGCGCAAUGACAGGCCACGCAAUUAUGAUAGAUCAAGGAACUAUGAGCGGAGAAGGGAGAACAUGAAUACUAGAGAUAAUCAGACGCCUCCUCCAAAUCAGGGCAUGCAGAAUGUCGCUCCAAAUACUGCUGGAAUGCCUCCCCACAACAUGGGAGGGAUGCCUCCCCACAACAUGGGAGGGAUGCCUCCCCACAACAUGGGAGGGAUGCCUCCCAACAACAUGGGAGGGAUGCCUCCCAACAACAUGGGAGGGAUGCCACCCAACAACAUGGGAAGGAUGCCACCCAACAACAUGGGAGGAAUGACACCGAAUCAAGGAUGGUCCGGUAAGAUGCCUGGAAACGCUCCAAACUUCCAAACUGGCCCCAACUAUGGAAACGCUCCUGGAAAUGCGCAGAACUUCCAACCCGGUCCUGGUCCUGGUCCUAACUAUGGAAACGCUCCUGGAAAUGCACAGAACUUCCAACCUGGUCCUGGUCCUAACUAUGGAAACACACCUUACCAAGGUGCUACACCCAAUGCUCAAUAUCACCAGAAUAACUAUCCUCCAAAUGUUGGUGGAGGAAACAUGCCUGGUGGGAACUACCAAUCUUAAAUCUUUGUUCUAAGAUGAAUUCAGUUUCUCUUGUAGCUUUUAGGCAUUGUUGUAGAUAAAGAGAAUAUGCAUAGACUUAUGGUUAUUGGCUACUAAAGAAUUGCUAUUGAAUAUGUUGGGCAACUUAUAACAGAUUCUUUUGUUUGCAUCAUGUAGCACAAUAAAUUUUGUUGGAUGUUUAGCAGGUUGAUAAAA